AAAUAAGCAAUUUGCAAAUGCCAUGCUUAAUGCUAUUUACGAAGGAAAAUUCUGGAAAAUAAGUGACUUCCUUAAAAGCAAGCCAGAUGCAAUAUCUACAACAUUUGAAAAUGGGCAAACUGCUCUUCACAUUGCAAUUACUGCUGGUCGGGGAUGGAUUGCCAAGAUAUUGAUCACCGAGACUAAUUCAGAAAACAGUCACCACUUGAAGAUGAAAGAUAAGAAUGGCAACACAGCUCUUUCCUAUGCUGCUCGUCAUGGUAUGAUGGAUAUUGCAAAAUACUUGAUUGAAAAGAGCAUGGACUUGCUUACUAUCCCAGAUGGCGACAAUAUGCUCCCCGUUCAAUUGGCGUGCAGGGCAGGCCAUGAGGACAUGGCUCGCUACCUCUACCUCAAAACCCCUUCAGAACGUCUAAAGGGAGACUAUGGCUUCUACCUCCUCGAAGAGUGUAUAACAAAGAAAAUGUUUGGUACAAGAGUGAAGGUGGAUAAAGGAAGUGUUCUAUCUGAUGGUGGCAGUGUUGCAGCUCAACAAAGAGCUUUGGAUGACAAUGAAUUUGUGCGAAGUGGAGCAGUGGAAGCAACGUUUCAAGCUAUCAAGAAUGGUAUCCCUGAGAUUGUAAUUGGAAUUACAGAAGCUAAUUCAAAUAAAUUAUGGAACCAUACUGAUCAUGAAGAUUCAAGGAACAUGUUUGCAUGUGCUGUAGCACAUCGUCAAGAGGAAGUGGCACAAUAUCUUUAUGGAUUUAAUGCAAGAAUUGGUGCAGCUUUGCAGUUGCAAAGUGAGUUACGCUGGUUCAAGGCAGUGGAAGGCAUUGUUCCACAGUUCUACAACUAUGAUAAAAAUAAUGGUGGUGAAACUCCUUUCGAAGUGUUUGUUAAGGAACACAAGCAGGUGCUAAAAGAAGCGGAAGAUUGGUUGAAGAAAACAGCAGAAUCUUCUACAGUCGUAGGUGCUCUAAUCAUUACAAUUAUGUUUGCUGUGGCUUUCACUUUUCCUGGUGGGAAUAAUCAAAAUACAGGCUUCCCUAUAUUUUUGGACCCUAUGUCUUCGAACAAAACAACCGACUCUUCUACACUACCUUGUCCAACCGUGCCGUUCAUGGUAUUUGUGGUGUCAGAUGCAAUUUCUCUUUUUGCUGCAUCUAGUUCGGUGCUAAUGUUUUUGGGGAUUCUUACUUCACGUUAUGCUUAUAAGGAUUUUCUUAAAUCCUUACCCGUGAAGUUGAUUGUUGGCAUUUCUUCACUCUUCAUCUCUAUUGCAGCAAUGAUGGUAGCAUUUUGUGUUGCUCUUUUCAUUAUGCUACAAGGUCGCUUGUGGAUAGUCAUACCAGUAACUUUGUUUGCUGUUGUUCCAGUCAUUAUCUUUGUACUGUUGCAGUUUCCUUUUCUCAUUGAGCUUUAUACUUCCACUUUUAGCCGAGGCAUCUUUGAUAGAAAAGAACUGCUUAGGAAAAGGAAGAGAUAGAUAAAAUUUCUGUAUUUUUAUGCUAAAUAAAUAGACGAGUGUGCUUUACAUGUAUUGUAACUGCAAGAAAUGUUUGGUGGAUCUGUAUUAUUUGAACAUUUCGAAUACUUUAUAAGUGCCAAACUCUUUCGGUAAUUCAUAUAGGGUGUUCUAAAUAUUCUGU